AUGCUGGACAGCACCAGACGCAGAUAUGGAUCGCCGAAGACGUGCCAUGACGGUCGCUGCCAGACAAUGCAACUCGUCCAGCUCCUGCAUGUGCUGCAGAGGAGGAGGAGGAGGCGCAGAACGGCACAGAGGGCUGUGUGGGUGAGGCCAUGGAUCGCUAGGAGACCGGACCUGGGCAUCUACAACAGGCUGUUGGUGGAGUUGCGGAACGAGGACCCACGUGCCUUCCACAAUUUCAUGCGAAUGCCCCCUGACAUGUUUGAUGAACUGGUAAACCGGCUCACACCCAGACUGACUAGGCCAAGCACCAACUGCAGACCCAACCUGGAACCAGGCCUGAAGGUGGCAUUAACCCUGCGCCACCUGGCCUCAGGCACAACAUACAUGGACAUGCAGUACGCCUGGAGAGUGCCACAUAACACACUGAGCAAGGUCGUCAGAGAGGUGUGUGAGGCCAUAGUGGGGGAGUACUUGGACGAGCUCAUGACCUGCCCCACCACCGAUGCAGGAUGGCGCCACAUUGCCGAUGGGUGGCUGCAGCGGUGGAAUUUCCCCCACACCAUCGGUGCCAUAGAUGGCAAACAUGUGGCAUGCAAAGCUCCCCCCAACACAGCUUCGCAGUACUACAACUAUAAAGGCUACUUCAGCAUCAUAUUGCUUGCCCUAGUCAGCUCUGACUACAUGUUCCUCUGGGAGGACGAGUCAGGUUGUGGUGCUGCAUCAGAUGCCCAGAUAUAUAACAGUGAGCUGAGGCACGGUCUAGAGCACGGUGACAUCACUGGGUGGCCACAUCCAGACCCCCUGCCUAAUGACACACAGGACGUGCCCUACCUUGUGGGUGAUGAUGCCUUCUCCCUGCGGACAUACCUGAUGAAGCCUUACAGCUCCAGGAACCUCAGCAGGGAGGAGUGCAUCUUCAACUACAGGUUGUCAAGGGCACGACGGGUGGUGGAGAAUGCAUUUGGAAUCUUGGCCAAUCGGUUCCAGGUACUGCUUACCACCAUGCAGCACCAUGUGGACACAGUGCGCCUCAUUGUGAGGGCAUGUGUGCUGCUACACAACCUAAUGCAGACCCGCUACCCAGUCCUGCAGAACACACUGUUGGACCAACAGCUGCAAGAUGGGCAAAUGGUGCCAGGGGAAUGGAGGAGGGGCCAGAUCCUGGAUGACACCGUGGAUGUCCAGGCACCCAACAGGGCGUCCAAAGCUGCCAAGCUGCAGCAGAACCUAAUCAAACACUGA